GAGGGCGUUGAAAUUUGCCGAAGAAGAAGGCGGGUGCUUUGGCCGAGACGUCGUCCACUUACAACGGGUGAAGCCACGGACCUUAGGCACAUAGGCUCUUCCCCCUGUGGCCAUUUUGCCUCCAUUUCUAGUCGCAACUUCAACCUCACCUUACAGCUCUCCGCGCCUUCCACCAACAACACAGCCCGUCACCAUGUCUGCCUCUCUAGCGCCCGAAUGCAACGAAGUCAAAGAACGCUACGACACAUGCUUCUUGAAAUGGUACAGCGAAAAGUACCUUCGAGGGACUGGCACGGAUAACAACGAGUGCGCCGAUCUCUUCAAAAACUACCAAAAGUGUUUGACGGUGAGUGUAGAUGGCAUCAAGAGGCUUGCCGCAGUGAUCCGGAGGGCGACUUUGUUCCCAACUGACGCCCAUCAGGUCGCGCUCAAGGAACGCGGAAUAGACAAGUUGUUGGACGAGGCGCGAGAGGACCAGAAAGACAACGAUGCGACGUACAUGGGACGCAAAUGAGACAUGGGGAUUGCAGUAGCACAGUCACGUAUGGUUGCUAUUUUGGCGUUGUUUUCCAGGGUUGCAUUUGUUGGACGCAAUGUGGCA